GCGCCGCGGACCACGUGUCCGGAAGAAGUUCCCCCUGAUCCGCUGGUGUUGUCUGACAGAACUCCCCGAAGGGAAAAGAAGCGGCAGGUCGCAGAAACUCGAGGCCGGCCGCAGCGACAGGAGGGCCGGCGGGGUGGCCGGAGGCUGAGCCCCUGCAGCGGAACCAUGGGCCUCCUGGCGAGGCUGCGGAAGGAGUGGUUCAUCAUCGGGAUAGUGCUGGUCAUCCUGUCCGCCAAACUGCAGCCCAGCGUCGGCGUUAGAGGAGGUCCGUUAAAGCCUGAGGUCACCGUCGCCUACGUCGCCGUGUCCCUCAUCUUCUUCAACAGCGGCCUGUCCCUGAAAACAGAGGAGCUGAGGAGCGCGCUGCUCCACGUCCGCCUCCACCUCUUGGUGCAGUCCUUCACGCUGGUCUUCUUCCCCCUCGCCGUCUGGCUGCUGCUGCAGCUCCUGGCGCUGACCGCCAUCGACCAGUGGCUGCUCAAAGGGUUACAGACGGUGAGCUGCAUGCCCCCCCCGGUCUCAUCCGCCGUCAUUCUCACCAAAGCUGUGGGAGGCAACGAGGCAGCCGCCAUCUUCAACUCGGCGUUCGGGAGCUUCCUGGGCAUCGUGGUGACGCCGUUGCUGCUGCUGCUCUUCCUGGGCUCUUCGUCCUCCGUCCCCUUCACCUCCAUCUUCUCUCAGCUCUUCAUGACGGUGGUCGUUCCGCUGAUCCUGGGUCAGGUGUGCCGCGGUUUCCUCAGGGAGUUUCUGGACCGCCGGAAGCCUCCGUUCGGCGCCAUCAGCAGCGCCGUCCUGCUCAUGAUCAUCUACACCACCUUCUGCGACACCUUCAGCAACCCGAACAUCGAGCUGGACCCCACCAGCCUGCUGCUGGUCGUCCUCAUCAUUUUCUCCAUCCAGGUCAGCUUCAUGCUGCUCACAUUCGCCUUCUCCACCAGGUCCGGAUCAGGAUUCAGUCCAGCCGACACGGUGGCCAUCGUGUUCUGCUCCACGCACAAGUCUCUGACUCUGGGCAUCCCCAUGCUGAAGAUUGUCUUCGAGGGCUACGAGCACCUGUCGCUGAUCUCGGUGCCGCUGCUCAUCUACCACCCGGCCCAGAUCCUGCUGGGCUCCGUCCUGGUGCCGACGAUCCGGAGCUGGAUGACGAGCCGCCAGAAGGGGCUCAAACUAUCAAACCUGCAGCCUGUGUGACGGGGCUCCGGGCGGCGGAAGGAUACGGUUGUCAGAAAGUGCCUUUUUACGACCAACAACUAGGACCUCAUCGUGGCACAGCGGGAUCCAGUGCUUGCCUUGAUAGCCUGUUUAUAUUUUCUACAAUAACAAAAAAAAAGUCAAGUUUGCAUCAUUUAUAUUGUUUUGUAUUUAAAUGAAAUGUGUUUUAUUUUUUAUAUCUUCAACACUGAAAAAAAAAAACUAUUCUGGGGAAAAAGAGGACUAUUUUAAGAAACCAAAUGGGUGGGGGGGUUUCCGGGACCAGUCUUUUCUUAUUAUUUUUUCUACUUUGGUUCUUCCAGCUGUCAGAAUUUCUAAAGGUUUUUGUUCAACUUAAUGCUGGAUUGUGAUAUCUAAUAUAGAAAUUAACAACAACAA